AUAUGUAUAAAUAUAUGAAUUCGGUUAGGGAGUUAAUAUGUGGCAUCACUACUUUUUGUAGCAGGGAGGCCCGAGUGGUCGGUGUUGCCGCCGCCGGUCACACUUUAGAGGGCAAGCCCAGUACGGUACAGGCGUGAUGAGUCACUUCUGACAGUGAGAAGAGGAGAGCGUGAGGAGGAGCCUGGAGAUUGACGGUGGCGGUGACACACAGGGCCCCAAUGGCGCAUUGGUCGUUGUUACACUGAUGUUAUGUUCCCAUCACAUCACAGCACAUGAGUGACGUCGAUCUCAGCCUGCGUCAGCUUCUGGCAUCCUACGACCCGGCAUCGACCAGACCUAAACAGCCCCAAACCCAAAGGAACUGAAAGAUGGCUAUCAUAGGUCACGGUGGCACCGACAUUAUCCGCCAAUUGGUGGGCAAUGUAGUAAAUAUCUUCAAGAAGAAACGUGCUCCAUGCACCUCCCCCUGUGAUGGACUUAUUCUCAAGAUGCACUACCAGUGGACCUUCUGGCUAUUACUUGCUGGAUUUUCUGCUGUGUGGUACUCCUGGUACCAUCGUGAUGUGAUAACCUGUGUAUCACAUUUCAAUGCUGAAACCCAGGUCCGUCUGGAUUAUAUAAACAUAUGCCUCUCCUACCCAUAUGUAGAAGAAGGCAGCUCAGACCGUAGAUUCCUUCUCUUCUACAGAUGGAUACAUUGGACUCUACUGGUGCUUGCUGGCAUUUACUACAUUCCCCGCAAAAUCUCCAAGAACUCAGAAAAUCCCAAGGUAAAAAAACUUAUUGAGGAUCUUGCUGUGAAUUCUCACCGAUAUGAUCAAAUCGAGAAAGAGUUAGUUGACAGAGCAGCACGCUAUAUUGCUUAUAAUCUUAAAACCCAUAAUGGGCUUUAUUACAAAUUUGUCAUCUGUAAUUUAGUAGCAUUGAUUGUUGAUAUUAUCAGUUUCCAGUUUUUAGAUUUUGUUUUUCAAGGACGUUUUAUGCAUUAUGGAUGGAUGGCAUAUCCAUAUAGUCGUGACCCUGUUAAUUUCUCAGACUAUAUGUCUAGGACUUUUCCUCCUUUUGCCAAGUGUGAAUUAGGGGUAGUGAACAAGCUGGUUGGUCAAAGGACAGAGAAAUUUGGUUGUCAUUUAACAGUGAUGGAAUUGUAUGAGAAAGUAUUUUUAGGUGUAUGGGUAUGGCUCAUCAUCCUGACUGCCAUCACGUGUGCAUACCUAAUAUUUUUAGGCUUCAUGUGGCUCCCAUACUUCCGUCUGAUGAUGCUUAAGGUAGCCAAGCCUCUUAAUGCCAAAGACACAGUGAGCAACACUAUAGUUUCUGUAGUAAACUGUUGCAAGAUUGGUGAUGUUUAUUUGCUAUACCGUUUGAAGCAGCACUUGAGCCAUGCACGGUUCUAUGAGCUCCUAACACGACUUUCGGACCCAGAGCUUAUAAAGACCAUGCUAGAGGACCCAGCCGAUAGAGCAGUUCAUGCUAGAAACCAAGAUAAUCUGCGAAAUAGGAAACCUACAAUGGCCAUGACACCCAAGGGAAAAUUCAACAAUCCUAACGAUCUCUUCAUCUCCCAGGAUUAUGGACGACCCAACACCAGCAUUUUGGUGGAGUAAAUAAAGUCUACCUAGGUGUUGGCAGUUGGCUCACAAGUACUUAGUGCCGCUCGAGGGGAGUACAGACUCUUGCUUCAGUGCUGAUCUGAAUACCAGAUCUGUUGGCUGGGAUGCCCAUACUGCCUCUCCCUCGAAGUGUAAGGCUCAUUAGUGAUACAAACAUAUGACUGUGGUAUUUUCAUUGUUCGCCUAUUGUCUGAUAGUGUUGGCUGAACAUGACUCAAAUUACUGGUUAACUGUUUAAAGAAUGGUAGUGUAAUGAAUGUCUUUUAAGUGUGAAGUGUAUCCAUAAUUUAGUUUCUUAAAAAAACUAUGUCUUUUUAAUAGAAACUAUUUUACAUUUUGACUAAAUUUUAUAUCUGCAUUUUAGAUUGGAUGUGAUGAAUGAAUGCUUUUAAAGCAUGAUUGUUGCAGCAUAAAUAUUUUAAGUUAUAUUAUGGGCUGAAUAAUUGCUGUCAUAGCUGUUGGUGCCGAUCAGUCAUGCCCACUGUUACUGCAUUUGCUAGUUUUACUUAGAUGUUGCAAGAUAUUUAUGCAUUUGAGAUUUUUGAAGAAGUUAACUUUUUCCUAAAUCGAUUAGGUUUAAUAAUUUUUUGUGAAAGUACUCAUAAAUGGUUUUAUUGUUUCUGUCUGUGAAAAGAUAGAAUUUUGUAAUUGUAACAAACCCUCAUGGAAAAUAAUCUGUUAAAGACUCAAUGGUGAUUUGCCAAUUAAAAGAUGGUGUACAUGACAUUGCUAUCAAUGCCAUAUAGGGUGACAAUCAAGAGACUUUUUGUACUAUUUUGAAAAAUAAACAAAAAAUUUC